AUGAAGGAACCACCAAGGCUUAGGCUGCUGAAUUGUGCAACUUUAGCUAUCUGUUCAAUGCUAUUCUUUCUGGUUUAUGCCACACUUUUUCAAUCUAACGACACCGUAUUUGAUUCUUGGGGAUACAGUUUACCAAAGUCAAGGAUCGAUGUUGAUGCUGAUGUUCCUCAAGAAUUUCUAUUAAGGAGGCUUGUUAGAGGAGAUGAUCGAGUCGAGUUUGAUUCCAGUGGAUUUUCAUGUCACGUUGAUGUUCAUUCAGAAGUAUGCAUUGAAAAUAAACCAGUAAGGAUUUACAACAAAGGGCUGACAGUUCAUGUUCCGAUUGAUCAUCAUCAACCUCAAGUCAAGAGAAUUGUCAAGCCAUAUGCAAGGCAGCAAGACGAAACCGCCAUGAGAGUUGUCUCACCGGUUCAGAUUCUUCAUGUGAACAACAACGCCGCCAUUGAUCCACCACCGGCCUGCAAUUUCACCCACAAUGUCACGGCGGUUGUUUUCUCUUCAAGAGGCUUCGCCGGCAAUGUUUUUCACGAGUUCAAUGAGAUUAUCAUCCCUCUGUUCAUCACCACCCGCCAUUUUCGAUCGAGAGUUAUGUUUUUAAUCACGGAUUACCAGCAUUGGUGGGUCCAAAAGUACAAAAGGGUCCUCUCUCACUUGUCUGAUUAUGACGUUAUAAACCCUGAUGAUGGCAGUGUUCAUUGCUUCCCAGGGGCGGUUAUAGGGCUUAAAUAUCAUGACCAUCUAGCACUCAACAUUACUGAUAUUCCAGGGGGUUAUUCCAUGUUUGAUUUCAGGCAGUUCUUGAAGCAAUCAUAUAAUCUGAAAACGAACCAUGUGUCCGAGAUUCGGAAGCCGGUCUUGAUGCUGAUAUCGCGCCGCAACACGAGGCGGUUUCUGAACGAAGACGAGAUAGUGGAGAUGAUGGAGGGCGUAGGCUUUCAAGUCACAACGGUGGAGCCGGAGAGGACGUCGAACUUGGACGAGUUUGCCGAGGUGGUGAACUCAUGUAGUGUCAUGGUUGGAGCCCAUGGUGCAGGGCUAACAAAUGAGAUAUUCUUGCCCAAUGGUGCACUUAUGGUUCAAGUGGUGGGAUUGGCACAUGAUUGGGUGGCAACCAACCUCUAUGGUGCACCAGGGAAGCCGAUGGGGGUUCGGUACUUGGAGUACAAGAUCGAACCAGAGGAGAGUUCGUUGUUCGACAGUUACGGAAAGGAUCACCCCGUGGUCACUGAUCCAGAAUCUGUGACCUCUAAGGGAUAUUAUGAAUACAGGAAGGUGUAUGUUGAUGGCCAAGAUUUUAAGAUCAAAAUAGAAAGAUUUAAGAAGACCCUUGUUGAAGCUAUGCAAAUUCUUCAAACCUCAUCCCCCUUUAAUCUAUAAAUGUACAUUUGAUCAUCUUCAAGAUACAGCUUGUGAAAUUCAUUUCAUUGA